AUGCGCGCCAAUCCGGAGCUAAGCGCAAGGCUGACCCGGGGGAGCGUCAAGGCCAAGAGUCGAUCACCGUCCCCACACAAGCGUCGCGGGACGUCGCCCAUUGUCGCUUCGGACGUUGCGGGAUCAGCCCCAGAAUCGAGCCCGGAAGCUCGUACUAUGGUUGCGACGCCAGCGUCCCCUCCUCCGUCUCCUCUUGCCGGCUCUUCGGCUGCUCUGAAAGCAAGCGCAGAGUCCGAGUCGGUGGAAGAGGCGACUCCAGUACCUACAUUGACCAUUGUAGAGGGUACGGAAAAGGCAUCCACUUCUCCUAUUCUUCCCUCUGCACGGGGUACGUCGACAUUGGCGUCCCUACUCCAUGCAACCAAUCAGGAUGGCCCAGAUUCGACCGCGACGAUCUCGACGGAGGCAAAAGAGGUGCCAGCGCAGGUGAACACGCCCCCGUCACCCGACUCGUUGCCGCAAGGCAACCAUUCGCGAAACAUCAGCAUGGCUGAUAUCUCGAUUGCCAGUCGGGAUUCGCCAACAAAAGAGUCGAGAGAAGACGAAUCGAUGGACGUUGACCCGCCAUCGUCGAAUGCGACGAACACCGCUAGGACGCAUCCUGGACUUGCACCUUUGCUGACAGAAGGAGGUCGCGUAUCGUCCCGAUCGCCACAGCCUCCAACAGCACCUCCUAGUGCGCAUGGUCCCUCUUCCGCACCGCUCCUCAGGUCGCAGCCCUCCCCCAUCCCAUCGACACCUGCCAGUGGACAGCCUUUGCAGACAUACCGGACCCAUAACGUAUCGCAUCAACGGAGGCACUCGCUCACCCAAGUCUCAUAUCCACAUUCUCGCUCGAGAAACGCUGCCGACACCCCCAUUUCGCAUUCUCAGCCUGUCCCGUCUGCAGUGCCCCAGGCGCUAUCACCGUCUUCGCAACUUUCGGCCUUUCGCACAGAGGGCUCGUACGAACGUGAUGGGCCAGCAGAUUCUGAUCCUAUCCACAUUGUCGAGCAUCAAAAGGCCCUCAUCGAUGACCUACAAUCUCAACUCCUGCGUCAGCGCAAACUAGCGGAACAGAGAGACGAUGAGCUUCACCGCCUUGAAAUGGAACGGGCCAGUUGGAUGGAACGCAUCAGCGCAUGGCUACGAGACGGCGAACGCCUCCUGCUCGAAGCAGGUGCGACUACCUAUGACGUGAAAUCCCAGUCGGCCCCUCCCUCUGCGUAUAUUGGGCGAGGGGUGCACUCUGGCAGUACUCUAUCCAGCGUGCUUGCAAGCGCACAUGCCGCUUCGAGACGAGAACUUGGACGUGCGCUUGAAAAGGACAGGACAUUGAGUGCUGUUUCUCCUGCUUCGCCGUAUCCAGUGAGUCGUGCGGUUUUCGGUCCUUUUCAUACGGCUGAACCCGAGCGAAAGCCCUCAAGACUGAAUCCAUCCUACGCCGACCCUCGCCACGGUCCCCGAUCAAUCGAGAGUCCUCGGACCGAAUACCCUCCUCAUCUCUCUCGCAACCCUUCGUACAAUGACGCUCUCCUCCGCUCCAUGCACCGCUCCACUCCGAGUCUGGAAUCGACCGGUCAUGGUUCCCUUCGGCGAGCUCGCAAACCUAGCACAGAUGACCUCGCCCACCUGGCUGGCAGUGCAAAACGGAUGAAGACAGAUAGUGGCGAUUUUGUCCGCGUGUCUUCAGAAGUUGGUGGCGGUAACGGGCCAGUCGACCGCAUCAGUGAUGCACGCCACAACCACGAGUCUCUUGCUGCUUCUGCACCUUUGCCAAUGCGUCAACUCUCGGGACAUACACAGCCUCCAGGCUUCGAGAAAGGGUCGGCCAAUCCAGGCGGACACUUACCGCGAGGCUCAAACUCUUUGGGGAAUGGGAUGGAACGCGGACGGGAUAGUCCUCUGGACCGACGGGUAGCAGAUGGGGACGACGAAGAGUUUCCUUCGCCGAGACAUCAGCACGCCAACCCCUCUGCGACCACGCCCGUCAUAGUUGGAAACGGUUAUGGUGCUGGUGCAAUGAAGCCAUCUCCUCUUCGAGACUCUCGCGUCGCUGGUGUGGACAGGGAGACUGGGGAGCUCGAAGCGCACAAGACGUUGAUGGAACUGGGUGAAGAUGACGAACGGGAUUCCGCGCGUCUUAGGAGAGGACAUGCGAUGAGGAACGGAAGUCGAUCGAGUAUGAACUCGCAAGAUGUCGACGACCUUUUGGCAGAGGUUGCUGGUGACGAAAGUGACCAGCACCGUUCCUCCAGGUCGCACUAUCGAGGCUUGCCUCCCGGAGCAGACGCGCGAACAUAUACCCAAUCAUCUCGCCCGUCUGCUCGAUUCACCAGUUCUUCUGUCAACUCGCGAUCGUAUGUCUUCCGGAACACCGAGCCUGGGGACAUGGAAACUCAGACUUAUCCGCGCUCGCCUGAAGAGAUGGGACACCGUUCGACGCAUUCUGGCUCAUUUAUUGGUCGCCCAGGAUCCCCUGGUCCGCAUGGACAUCAGGUCACCCCUCAGUUCCUACCUCCGCAAUCCGGUCCUCCUAUGCCAAAGAAGAUUUACCACACCAAAGCCACUGGCCAAACGCUUGGUGCUCACAAUAUUGCAAACGCAAUGUCAGCUGGCGUAGUAGAUCCGAGCUUUAUCGCCCCAAGAACCGGACUCAAUGGAGCCGCGUUGACUCCAGAGGGAUUCCCCAAGAGGACGUGUAAGCAGUGCGGACAGCCGGGACGAUACAAGGACAACAAGUGCGUAGAAAAGUGGGGGCCCGGUCCAAAGGGACCCGGCACGGUUUGCGACCGUUGUCGGAAGAAGAUGAAGCGCGAGGAAAAGCGGGCGACGCAGGAUAGCCUGGCCAACGCUGCUGCUGCUGCAGCUGCACCAGUUGCCUCGUACCAUCAGUACCCAAUCGCCCCAGCACCAUCCGGCUCGUUUUCUCAACAUGCUAGCCAGGCUUCGCAACGUCUUGAUGAAUCUAACGAAUACGGCUACUCGCAGGCGACAGAUGACCUCCAGAACCAGCCAUCUUUAUCACGAGCCGGCUCUCAGAAUCAUAUUUCAAGACCGACGAGUCAUUCUCGUGGAAGCUAUGCUCCGGAAUCGCUCGUUCGGCGUGAAUCUACCCUUCCUUAUCAACCUCAGCAGCCGACUGCCCCGACGAGCAAUGCUCGAGACGCAAUGAUGCCUCCGACGUCGACGCAAGCCAGCACGUAUGCCUCUCCCGAAUCUGGUCGGUCCGAGCACCGCAGACGCCAGUCGUCUGCUGGUGAUCCCGACUAUAGCGCGGCACCGAGUAGCCGUGACGGUGAGGUGGAUGCGGACGGCGAUGCAGAGAUGGACGAGCUGGAUGAAGAGGUGAACGCUGCGGCGGACGCCUCUAUCACUGCCUCGCAACGUUCUCGGGAAACCUAA